AUGCCUCCACUGCUCGCCACCGCUGGCGACGACGGCGUGGCGCUGUGGGACGGUGGCGCGGUGGCGCGGCGCCGCUUCUCGCCGCACGCCGCGCAGGUCAGUGCGCUCCGCUGGACCGCCAACGACCGUGUCCUCGCGAGCAGUUCCCACGACGGGUCCGUUGUCCUCUCCGAGCGGGACGGCUCGCUCUUCGAUACGCUGCGGCCGCAGGCGCGCGGCCCCGACGGCCCCGCGCCGGUGCUCUCCGUGACGUGGAGCCCCGCCUCGCGCUACCUUGCCUCGGGCUCCGCGGACGCGCUGGUCCGUAUCUUUGACCUGCAGAAGCGCGAGCACGCGCUCACGCUGCGUGGCCACCGCGCGGGCGUGUGCGCGCUCUCGUGGAGCCCGUCCGAGGUCCACGUCGCCUCCGCCUCCACCGCCGGCGACGUGAUCGUCCACCGCGUGCAGGGCUCCGUCGCUGCGGUUUGCCGCGCGGAUACGGCGCCGCCGGGCGCGCGCGGCGAUCACGCAGUGCGCGGGCUGCAUUGGUCGCCUUUCCACCCGACGAAGCUGGCGACGGGGUCGGAGGACGGCGUCGUCUCGCUCUGGGAGACGGCGGCGCCGCUGCGCUUACCGCGUGCAGUUCAGCUGCACAAGUUUGAGGCGCACAGCGCGGCCUGCUGCGGCGUCGCGUGGUCGGCUGUCAACCACCACUUGCUGGUGUCCGCCGCCGCAGACGGAAGCAUCGUCUUCUACGACACGACCCGCCUCGCCGUCGUGCGGACACUCUGCUCCGACCAAUCGUUCACCUCCCUCGCCUUUGCGCCCGACGGGCUCCACCUCGCGUGCGGCGCCGCCGACGGCAGCGCGUGCAUCUUCGACCUGCGCUCCUCCGACGACUCACCCCUCUGGAGCACCCGUGCGCACGACGGACCCGUCAGCGCGAUGGCCUUCCAGCGCGCUUCGGGAGCCGAAUCACCCGGCGGCGGCGGCGGCGGCGGCGGCGGCGGCGGCGACGACAACGCCAGCCGAGGAGACAAGCAUCCUAGGAGACGACCAGCCUGUUAG